AUGGCGGCCCUGAGGACCUCGUGCCAGCCUCGCUGCCUGCACACCGCCUGCAGCCUGGCCAACUCCAACCGGGUGGCUGUGUCCCGCCUGCAGCGCCAGGCGUACGGCCGCCAGUACCCGCUGCUGCUGGUCAAGACAGACGGUUCCACCGUCCACAUCCGCUACAAGGAGCCCAAGAAAAUCCUCAUGUUGCCCCUAGACAGCAACACGCUGCCCGAGGCGGAGAGGAAGGCCCGGCUGCGGCGCCAGUUCCCCACCAAACUGAGGGCCAAGGAGGAGGAGGACGCCUUCGACAAGCUGGACAUGGAGAAAUACAAGAAAUUCUGGAAGAAAUGACAGCGUGAAGCCCUCCUCACAGCGUGAGGCAGCGCCUCGGGGGGGAUCACUCCUGCUGCGACGGGGCGGCUGAUGGACUGUGACCUAGCAGCGACAAGGAAAAAUAUAAUAAUAAUAUUUUGUUGUGGAGAA